AUGGCCUGUGAGUACUGGUCCUUAGAGGUGAUGGAGCGAUGGAUCCUUCUGGGUUACCUGCUGUGUCAUAGCAGUCUGAACACCAACCAGUCAUCUCAGGAGCUGUGGAAGAUGGCCCUCCGCAGCGGCCUUCAUCUCACCAUCAUCAGGGAUGAGACAAUCAACAUCCAUAAGAUCACAGAGGACUACUUCGAUGGCCUGAAAGGGUACAGUAAGCGUAUCGCCGAUAUCAAAGAAUGUCGCGAGCAUGUUAUAGUCAACAGUGGAGCCAUGCACAGAGAGAGGAGAAGUUUCCUGAGGAACGCCUUGAAGGAGCUGGUCAAAGUCCUGGAGGAUGAACCUGGACUUCUGGGACCCAAGGUGUUGUUUGUCUUCAUGGCUCUGUCGUUUUCCCGUGACGAGGUCCUGUGGCUCGUCAGAUAUUCAGAGAAUAUUCCCAAGACCAAGACUCCAGAGGACUACGUAGACUCGCAGAUGGCUGAAACUCCUGUUGCCUACACCAGUGUGUCCAAGGCCCCACUCUCCCUCAAGGAAUACCCAGACCUGGCUAAAGUGAUGAACAUGACCCAAUUCCACACCAAGAUGUUGGACAACAUGCAGGAGAUGCUUCACGAAACCUCAGAUCUCUCCAUUCUCUGCUUCUACCCGCGGGUGUUUGAGAAGAUGUUCUCUCAGAGCAGCGAGGAGGUUUCCAUGCAGCGCUACCUCAUGUCUUUCCCUCUGGUCUGCUCCCACUUCAACCAGACUGUCCAUCCGCUCUGUCCAGAAGAGACGGAGGCUGUUGAGAAGAGGAGUCUGCGUCUGUGUGUGACCUUCCUGGAGGAGAUUGCCAAACAGACCAGCUCCGUCAUCUUAGAGAUCUGUAGCGAACAGUGCAACCUCAAUGACCAGCUGUUGCCCAAACACUGUGGCCAGACCAUAAGUGCAGCUCGCAAUAAGAAGCAGAAGAAACAGAUGCCGAAAAAAGGAGACGUGCAGAGAGAGAAACCUGGAACAGAAAGCCAGAGGAAGGACCGUGCCAUCGUCACCAAUAUGGACAAGCUGCAUCUGACUCUGACUGAGCUGUGCUCCUCAUUCAGUGGGAGCAGUGACUUCACAGUGUUCAACCACAUCGUCACUCCUGCAGAGUUCCUCAUAUCUCACUUGGAGACACGCCUCACCAAGAUCAUCGUGAGAAUGGCCCAUUACAACCAGACCACCCAGGAAAUAGGACGCCCGUCUGACCUCCUGGCCGGGAUUCGGGCCUACACAGCCAGCCUGCACACCCUGUCACGCUACCUCAGUCUGGACGUCACCAGGCUGGUCAAGAAUGUCCUACUGCAGCAGACACAGCCCCUGGACUCGUACGGAGGACAGACCAUCACCACGCUGUAUACCAACUGGUACCUAGAGGGCCUUCUGCGUCAGGCCAGCAGCAACCUGAUCGUUCACUGCCCUGCAAUGCACUGCUUCGUCAACCAGAACAUCGAGAACGAGCAGAGUUUCAGAGCAGAGGAGUACUCUGAUAUCUCAGAGAUGCAGGCCCUGGCCGAGCUGAUUGGUCCGUACGGUCUCAAGUUCCUCAGUGAGAACCUGAUGUGGCACAUCACCUCACAAGUCGGAGAACUCAAGAAACUGGUGAUAGAAAACAUGGACGUGCUAGUUCAGAUGAGAGCUAACUUUGACAAACCUGAGGCCAUGGCUAACCUCCAGAAGAGACUGCCUGCGGGAGAGAACGUCCUGAAGAGGAUGACCAUCAUCGGAGUGAUCCUGUCCUUUAGAGCCAUGGCACAGGACACACUGGAAGACGUGAGGACACACCACCACUUAUAAUAUACCGAAUGGAGAAUUUAAUGUCAUUCCCCUCUUGUGGGUAAUACAUUUACAUUACAUUUAAGUCAUUUGGCAGACGCUCUUAUCCAGAGCGACUUACAAAUUGGUGAAUUCACCUUAUGACAUCCAGUGGAACAGCCACUUUACAAUAGUGCAUCUAAAUCAUUUAAGGGGGGGGGUGA